AUGGGAACGAGAAAACGGAACGUAAAACAUGACAACAACAGUAAGACAGAAAAAAAACAGAAAUCUUCAUCACCUUCGCCAAAACCUUCAUCCAGUAAAGGAAUCUACAUUGUAUUGUUAUUAGUAUUAGUAAUAGCAGCCGGUGUUGCUGUAGUAUACUUUGAUAUUGUGACAAUAGAUCAAGUCAAUCAUAUUCUUGGGAAAGAUGGCUUAUUGAGUAAGAGGCAAGAAAGCGAUAAGACUGUAGAUCAGGACAAGUGGAAAUCUCAUAUAAAAGAUGAACAUAAAAAAAAACAAGACAUUUUUGAAAACAAGGGUGAACCUAAAAAGGUGAUGCCAGAGAAGGAGGCUCCAGAGAUAAAACACCCAGCAAAAAAAGAAAAACAACCAGAAAAACAGAAAGAACCUGAAAAGAAGUUACCAGAAACAAAACCACCAGUGAAAGAAGAAAGACAACCAGAAAAACAGAAAGAACCAGAAAAGAAGGUACCAGAAACAAAACCACCAGUAAAAGAAGAAAAACAACCAGAUAAACAGAAAGAACCAGAAAAGAAGGUACCAGAAGCAAAACCACCAAUAAAAGAAGAAAAUCAACGAAAUAAACAGAAAGAACCAGAAAAGAAGGUACCAGAAACAAAACCACCAGUAAAAGAAGAAACACAACCAGAUAAACAGAAAGAACCAGAAAAGAAGGAUAAAGCCACCAGUAAAAGAGGAAAAACAACCAGAAAAGAAAGCACUGAGAUAAAGCCACCAGUAAAAGAGGAAAAACAACCAGAAAAACAGAAAGAACCAGGAAAGAAGGCACCAGAAACAAAACCACCAGUAAAGGAAGAAAAACAACCAGAAAAACAGAAAGAACCAGAAAAGAAAGCACCUGAGAUAAAGCCACCAGUAAAAGAGGAAAAACAACCAGAAAAAAAGAAAGAACCAGAAAAGAAAGCACCUGAGAUAAAACCACCAGUAAAAGAGGAAAAACAACCAGAAAAACAGAAAGAACCAGAAAAGAAAGCACCAGAGAUAAAACCACCUGUGAAAGAGCAGAAAGUACCAGAAAAGACACCAGAAACAAAACCACAAGUGAAAGAAGAAAAACAGAAAGAACCAGAAAAGAAAGCACCAGUGAAAGAAGAAAAACAACCAGAAAAACAGAAAGAACCAGAAAAGAAACCACCAGUGAAAGAAGAAAAACAACCAGAAAAACAGAAAGAACCAGAAAAGAAACCACCAGAGAUAAAACCACCUGUGAAAGAGCAGAAAGAACCAGAAAAGGCACCAGAAACAAAACCACCAGUGAAAGAAGAAAAACAGAAAGAACCAGAAAAGAACGCACCAGUGAAAGAAGAAAAACAACCAGAAAAACUGAAAGAACCAGAAAGGAAAGCACCUGAGAUAAAACCACCAGUGAAAGAAGAAAAACAACCAGAAAAACAGAAAGAACCAGAAAAGAAAGCACCUGAGAUAAAACCACCAGUAAAAGAGGAAAAACAACCAGAAAAACGGGAAGAAUCAGAAAAGAAAGCUCCAGAAAUAAAACCACCUGUGAAAGAGCAGAAAGAACCAGAAAAGGCACCAGAAACAAAACCACCAGUGAAAGAAGAAAAACAGAAAGAACCAGAAAAGAAAGGACCGGAAACAAAACCCCAAGUGAAAGAAGAAAAGCAACCAGAAAAACAGAAAGAACCAGAAAAGAAAGCACCAGAGAUAAAACCACCAGUAAAAGAGGAAAAACAACCAGAAAAACAGAAAGAACCAGAAAAGAAAGCACCUGAGAUAAAACCACCUGUAAAAGAGGAAAAACAACCAGAAAAACGGGAAGAAUCAGAAAAGAAAGCUCCAGAAAGAAAACCACCUGUGAAAGAGCAGAAAGAACCAGAAAAGGCACCAGAAACAAAACCACCAGUGAAAGAAGAAAAACAGAAAGAACCAGAAAAGAAAGGACCGGAAACAAAACCCCAAGUGAAAGAAGAAAAGCAACCAGAAAAACAGAAAGAACCAGAAAAGAAAGCACCAGAGAUAAAACCACCAGUAAAAGAGGAAAAACAACCAGAAAAACAGAAAGAACCAGAAAAGAAAGCACCUGAGAUAAAACCACCUGUAAAAGAGGAAAAACAACCAGAAAAACGGGAAGAAUCAGAAAAAAAGGCACCAGAAACAAAACUACCAGUGAAAGAGGAAAAGAAACAACCAGAAAAAUCCAAGAAGGUGGAACCAGACACACUGCCACUCGAGAAGAAACAAAAGAAACCAAUCCCUGAAAGUAAAUCACCAGCAGAUAAAGCAAUGCCAGAAAAAGAAGAAAAGCCAGAAAAAAUUCUUAAAGCCGCAGAUCCUGAAUUGAGAAAACAAGCCAAAAAAAAUAAAAUGGAUCUAAAUUUGGAACCAAACCAAAUCAAAACAGAUGAGAAGAAAGAAAGUUUUGAGGAAAUAAAGAAGGCGGAAGACCUAUUAAAAGAAAAAAAAUUUGCUGAAGCAUUGAGAUCAUUUGACAAAGUUUUAACUAAAUGGCCAGACAGUAGCAAAGCUCACUACGGAAAGGCCAAAUCAUUGGACCAACUUGCUGAUGAAAGGCGCAGUAAUAAACUUUUGCAGGACUCCAUACAAUCCUACCAAGACACUGCCAAUGCAGCAGACUGUUCCGUAGAGAUGAAAAAAGCAGCACUACAAAGGCAGGCUAAUAGGCUGCAGUUUUUAGGUAAAAGUAGAAAAGCAGUACAAGUAUACAAUCAACUUUACAGACUAUUCCCAGAAGACUUGGAAAUCUUACAAGAGUUAGGUGUGGCAAAUCUGAUAUUAGGAGACAAUGACAAAGGACAGCAAGCAUUUGAAAAGAUGUUAAAAUUAAAUCCUAAUAGUGGGUUUGCCAUGGUACAUCUGGGGUUCAUUCUGAAAGCUAAAACUGAUUAUGAGGGCGCUGUACCACUACUCAAGAAAGGAAUUGAAAGUAAAGAAAAGGGAACAGAUGAAGGCAAAUUUUACUUUCAUCUUGGUGAUGCCCUCUAUAGACUGGGAAGGGAGAAUGAGGCCUAUGAUAUCUAUGCUAAAGGCGCAAAGCGAGGUCAUUUUAAAUCUAUGUGGCAGCGUUCCUUGUACAAUGUAGAUUCACUGAGAGCUAAACCAUGGUGGCUACCUAAAGAAGCUAGAUAUACCCAGCAUGCAAAGAAACUUGAAGACAAUUGGGAAGUGAUUCGAGAUGAAGGGUUGGCAAUGAUGGAUGACACUACUGGGGCUUUCCUCCCAGAAGAUGAGAAUCUUCGAGAAUCUGGAGACUGGAAGCAGUUCACUCUUUACCAGCAAGGAAAAAAAAUUGAAGAAAACUGCAAGAAAACUCCUAAAACUUGUGCAAUAAUAGACACUAUAGAGGAAUCAAAGGGAUGUAAACGAGGACAGGUGAAGUUUUCAAUAAUGCAUCCUGGUACGCAUGUUUGGCCACAUUGCGGGCCGACUAACUGUAGAUUGAGAUUACAUCUUGGAUUGAAAAUACCAGAUAAUGUACAACUUAGAGUCGGUAAUGAUACCAGGAGUUGGGAUGAAGGCAAAGUGAUAAUCUUUGACGAUUCAUUUGAACACGAAGUAUGGCAUAACGGAGAUACAUUUAGACUGAUACUCAUAGUUGACCUCUGGCAUCCUGAUUUAUCACCACGACAACGAGCUUCCUUAACACCAAUCUAAUCAUCACAGACAUCCCAGACUGAUAUUUGCAGCUGAAGGCAGGGCUGUCUUGUUAAAGGUCAAUGAUAAGAAUUAAAAUUUUAUGUAAAUAAUAUCUUUACAUAUCUUUUACAUGUAUUGUAUGGAACCCAUUUCAAACGUAACUUGUCAUGACAACGAUUACCUUUCUUAAAGAUUGCAUUAAACAUUCCAAAAUUGUUUUUAUUGAUUAUUUGAAUUGAGGUUUCUUUCAUGAAAUUGGCCUUAUCAUGUGUGUUUAUUCAAGAUCAUAAAUUAAUAACAAUAUUAUCCAGCUGAUCUGUACUUCCGUAUCUCCAGAAUAAUUCAUUAUUUUGACAUAUUUGUGUAAUGAAACUUGGAUGAUAAACUGUUUUAUAAUCACUAAUGAGCCAAAUUUUCAAUGAGUUUUUGUGAAAUAUUGCUGUGAGGAUUUGACUAUAAAGAUACUCCUUGCAACUAUAACAUGUCUGGUAGCCAAAACUUAACCAAUCAAAAUGUGUUUUUUUUAAAUGAAAUUCACAUCAGAAUAUUGAUACAUUCAACCUUUAAAUAUAUGAAUAAUUAGCUAGAAUGAUUAUGAUGUUUCCAGUAAAUCUGAACAAUAUUUUGUAAUAUUUGCAUCAAUAGAAAUUUUACUAGACUGAGUACUUAUCUAUGG